AUGAAACGAUUUAAAAUCCGGUUCUAUGCUGAGGACGAUCUUUUAUGUCGACACUCAAAUAUUGUCAUCGCAGACAACCAUAGUGAUCCUGAAGAUGUUUAUGUUGAAACUGAUUCCAGUACAAAUGAUGACAUUAUUGAGCGACAUUUUGACAAAGAAACAUUGAAUAAAGCUUUUGACUUAUUCAACAUUUCUCCAAUCAAAGAUGUACGUGAAACCCGAACUAUACGUCGAAAAUCUUCAAAUGUAAUUGAAAAAAUUCAGAACUUGAGUUCCAGUUCAUUGUCAGAUGAGUCUCAACCGCUGGAAAACACCGAUUUAUCCGUAGAGGAUAAAGACAUUCUUAUUACGGGUCUUAAAAGAUUGUUGGUGGAUAGCACACCAAUGGAAACCAUAAGAUUGCUUACAAUCGUACCUGAUACAUGGGGGCGAAAACGAAUUGAAAAAGAAUUCGGUUGUACACAAUAUCAAGCUCGUCAGUCCAUCGUGGUUCGAAAAGAGUUUGGUAUCCUUCCAAUUAUUAAAGAUAAUAGAAGAAGACAAGGAUUGCCACAGGAUGUGAUUGAAAAAGUUAUCGCUCAUUACUGUAGUGAUUUCAUUAGCCGUCAAAGCCCCAACUGCAAAGACGUGAUAAAUAUAAGACAGCCUGAUGGUACUAAAGUAUCUGUUCCAUGCCGUCAUCUUUUAAUGUCAAUUAAUGAAUGCUUUGAGCAAUUCAAAGAAGAGCAUCAAGCUGUUUUUGUUGGUAGAUCAAGUUAUUACAGUUUACGCCCCAAAUGGGUUAAAUUCACAGUCGAACACUCGUCUUGCCACUGUCUGUAUCAUGAAAAUUAUACCUUAUUAACAAAGGCACUUUCAGACGCCGCCGAAGUUCCGAUGAAAUCAGUUGAUAUUGUCAAUCUGGUAGUCUGUGAUGACUCAAAAAUGGGAUGCAUGCAUCGUAAUUGUCAAGAUUGUUGUAACACACUCCCGUCUGUGGCUAUAAUUGACAAAUACAAAAGUCUUAACGUCCACGACGAUGUUGAUUAUAUGCAGUGGCAGAAAGGGGAAAAGUCUGGCGUAGAACUGAAACGAAUCAAUGGUACAAUCAUGUCCUUGUUAGAAGAGUUUGAUUCACAGUGGUCAAAGUACAUCAGUCACUGCUAA